AUUAUCCCUGAGCUAACUUCUGUUGCCAAUCUUCCUCUAUUUUGUAUGCGGGCCAUCUGCCACAGCAUGGCCACUGAUGUGUGGUGUAGGUCUGCACCCGGGAGCUGAACCUGGGCUGCUGAAGCAGAGCACAUUGAACUUAACUCUAGGCCACUGGGGCUCUAGGGUCUCUUUUUUAUAGUUAAACUGUUUUCCCCUCCAUAACACUGUGAAUUCUAGUCAUGCUCACUUUGGCUUCUACACUCUGAGAUGUGCUCUGCUGUUAUAAGAUAUUCUCUCUCUCUCUCCCUUCCUUCCCUCCCCCUCCUUUGUCCUCCUCUCUGAGUCUGCCCUUCUCCUCAGUGUGUCUAAUUGGUGGAGACCAGGCCAUCUCGGUCCUUUAUACAUUUGUCCUCCUCCCCCGACCCACACACACCCUAAGGAAAGUGUGCAUGCUGGACGUGCUUCUGGGGGCAGCACUCCCUGGUGUCACCCACAGGGUCCUUAGAGAGCCAUGGCUUCUGCUGUGGUCACAGCCAGUGUUUCAGAGGGUCCCCCAAGCAGGCUUGCCCUGCUGCUAGGAUGGAUGAGGCCAUGUCCAGGCAGCCCUGUGAGCUCCGGGAAGAUCAGCAUGAGAGGAAUACAGGAUAUUUGCUCUUUGAUCUCACCAGAAGAAUGUGCCAUUGCUAUUUACAGCAAGAAUGACAAACGUCCAUCUGUGCUUUUAUGAUGAAGCGUCAGGAUACUCUGUGCACAGGGAGGUUUCAGGAGGAUUCUAGCUGGACUUCAGGAGCUUUGCAAGGUUUGCCCUGCAGGCCGCUUCUGGGGCUGGAGACUUUCCAUGGCUAUCUUCAGUUCUGGUUUUAGCGCCAUUUAAAGGUGAGGCUAGUGAGUCUGUAACUACCUGGCAGGAUGUGGGACAGAGCAGUGGGUGAUACAGAGGACUCAGAGGCAGGGCAUCUUGGGUAGGGUGGGCAUCUUGCCCAAGUGCAGAAGUUGGAAGCUGCAGCCUUUCUGUGGCCAGAGAGACAGAACAUGCCUACACUGAUGGGCAAAUGAAGAUUCCAGAAGAUUAGAGUCCCAGUGGACUUGGGUUAUUAAUGCUAAUAGGGUUCUUUUUGUACCCGUGACAACUUGGUGUACAGAAACAUACAAACAAAAAAAAACAUAAAAAACAAAAGUUUGGGAACCAGAUAGACCUCUGUUUGAAUCCAGACUCUUGGACUUCCUGACUAUGAGGUCUUUGACACAUGGCUUUCCCCUUAGGUUUCUCAUUUUUCUCGCAGAAUUAGAGAUAAGCUGUUGUAAGUUACAAGGUAACUGCUUGGCACAGUAGGUGAUUAAUGAAUAUUAAUUUCCUUUCUUUUUCUCUUCUCUAAAUUUGGAUUACCUUUGACAUGAUUCUUAUAACAGUCCUAGGACAUAAGCAGGGAAAAUAUUUUUAUUCUCAUUUUAGAGAUGAGAACAUGGGGUAGAGAGACAUUUAAUGAUUUGCAUGAGACCACAGGCACAGAGCUGGAUCUGGGUUCCAGAGGUCUUGAUGGUACAGAAGAACUAUGGAAGUAGACAAGCUGGAUUUUGAUCCUGGCCCUACAGCUGUGAGCUGAGUGACCUCUCUGAGCCUCAGUUUCCUCAUCAGUAAGGUAGGAAUAAUAAGAAUAUCUACCCCCAAAGGUUGUUGUGAGGAUAAAUUAGCUAAUAUCUACAAAAUGCUUGGACUGGCAAGUAAGUGGUAGCUCUGAUUAUCAAAUGAGCCAUUAGCAGGCCCUCUCUCAGGGGCUCGUUUUUGGAUAUUUUCUUGGGGCAUUCUGGGGAAGUGUUCUUUAGGGUUCUGGGUGUCCUGCAUAUUAACAUGGGUAAAGGGAGUUAAUAUCUAUGUCAGAUUACUUCUCCCUGAUGGGAGUGUGUGCUGUGUGCCCAUGCACAUAUGUGUGUGCCAUGUUAGGAACCCAGGGUGGGCUCCCCGGAGCCAGGUGCUUGUUUGUGUCCACUCUGUCGGCAGACCUGAGCCUGCUAUCCAUCUCCGUCUCCCGUGUGUGUCUCUGGGUGACCACAGCUCAGGGAAAGCUCGCUGUUUAUAUUCAACUGGCAACUGACAGUCUCCAAAAAUUGAUUUAUAUCCAUGGUAACUGUCACCCAGGGAUAUAAAUAAAACUGUUCCUCACUGUGAGGAACAAGAGUCUUUUCUUUCCAUCCACAUCAAGCAGAGCCAGUGCCCAGAGACCAUCGGGCCUGGCUCUCCCUCCACCAGCCCUGGCUUGUCUCUUGGGGAGGAUGUGUGUGUCUCUUCCUCCACACCUCUCCCUCCCAGGAAGCCCUGGCUGACUGCUCGAGGCUGCUGGGGACCAGCAGCCCUGGAGACUGCAGAACCAAGACUGGGACUUCCUGCCUUUGAAAACUCCCCUGAAGCCUGGCUCCUCAGGUCCCUGGAUGUUUACAGGUGGGGGCCCUUGGCCCUGGACCCCCGAGGACUGUACUCACGGCCCAGAAUAGUGGCUGCCUCUGGACAACCUCCCAGGCACCUUCUCCACCCAGGGCAUGGGCACCCGUGACACUGUCCCCCCAGCCAAGGUUCUGGCUCCAGUGGCUGUGUACUGUGGGAGUGUCCCUCGGACCAGUGCUGGGCCCCGCACACUCCUGGGAGGAAGCAGAGUCUCUGGCCUGCAGACUCAUGGAGAAGCCUCCCUCCAGCCAACACCAAGCAUCCUGCAGGAGAAGCCGUCACAGCUCUUGAGUGGACAUGGGGACCCUGGCAGCCUCAAGCUGGAUGCUCCCUUGAGGGGCUGGCAGGCCAGGAAUGGCCACCCCAGGAACCUUGGGGCCCUGUCUCUGGGGCCCCUCCCCUCGCUGGAGUCAGAGGCUAACAGUGUGGCCCGGGACACCACCCAGAUCAAGGACAAGCUCAAGAAAAGGAGGCUCUCAGAGGGCUUGGCAGUGUCUUCCCGAGGUGAGCCUUGGGCCCUGCCCACCUCCCACCCACCCACUCCAAGUUCAGGGACUUCAGGCCUAAUCAUUCCUAAUCUAGUACUGAUUUUAUUUCCCUUUCUACCCAACCUGGCUUUCAAUUUUAAAUAG